CCCAGAUGCCCACAGCCAUGCUUUGCUGGCAGUGGACGUGCAGGUGGGCUCAGCCCUGUGCCCUGCUCCUGUUUCUCUUAGGUCCCCAGCUCCUGGUGACUCAAGACUGGGAUUCGCAAGAGGAGGCGAAUGAUGAUCAACGAGCCUCAAAGAACUACUUCCUUGCCACAGUGGAGUACGGCUUACACAUAUUCAACCUGAGGAGCCAGGACAGCAAUGCCUACAAGGUGGUGCGCGUCCUGAGGUCGUGGAAGGAGCCGGUUGAUUUCGGCAUCGUGUUCUCCACGGAGCUGCAGCUCGGCCGAACCAGGUGUGGGAAAUUUGACGAAGACAUUGACAACUGUCCGUUUCAAGCAAGUCCAGACGUGAACAAUGUAAGACUCGGACAGCGGCCCUCAGGUUAUAUGGCCGUGGACGCUGCCUCGGGGCAGGGGGUGUGGGGAGUGAUGACAACGCCAUUCCAAGGGACACGGAGGGGCAUUUGCAGGACGGAGCCCAGCCAGGCCGGCCAGCCCCGGUCACUUGUACGCCCCUGGCCUGUCUAGCCGCUGCACCCCAGGUCACACUGGGGUCAGGCUGCUCCUGACCACUUGGGUCCGGGUCACCUGGGCCAGAGACGGGAAUGCCCCCUCCCUGGUGUUCACCCACCUCCCUUCCCUGCCUUCAGGAGAAGUGGGGGGGGCAACAACAUCACCUUGGCCGAGUAGCCCCGUCUCGGGUCCCCCUGCCACUGACCCAGAGCCCGAGGGGUGGAAGCUGAGGAGCCCCACUGCCCUCCCUCCCAGGCCCUGCCCUGGCGAUAAGGCGGGUGAGCCCCGCCCCGGGACAAACCCGACUUGGAUCAGACGCCCUGCUGGGACGCUGGGGGCAUGGGUCACACUGGGACAUCCUGGGGGCCGGGUCCCUGGAGACCACAGAGCUGGAGACGGGAGAAUGACCCAGGUGCCUCUGGGGUCCGGAGAGAGUCCCAGGUCGGGAACAUCCAGGACUGAGGGCCAGAGCCUGCACCCCCAGCUGCCCACCCCAGCAAGGCAAGGUUGGGGGGAUGCUGGCUUUAGAGCUGGAGCCACAUGCUUCCCAAGGCCCCUCCCCCGACUCUCUGUCCCCUGUGCUUUGUCCCACAGACCAUCACCUGCUUCUUUACAAUCAUCACUGACCCAUGGAGAACAAAGUUUCAACUCUUGAACAACACCUGCUCAGAGGGCUCCACUGAGUGAGACCACGUACCAGUCUGGGCUCCGCUGUCCUCCUCCUGGACACCAGUGAUGCCCUGUCGUGGCCCUUCAGUGGCUGAGCAGCUCCGGUUCUGUUCUCUGUAUGAGCAGGUGUCUGGGUGUCACAUCCGGGCAAUGUGGACAUUCCUUCCUGUCAUUUCCUCCCGUAGAAUUGGUCAUUAAAUGUCAGCGCUGCAAGCAGCUUUGUGUCGCCUGGUUCCAGAGGUUGGGGGCUGGGCAGCCGAGGCCGUCCUGCCAGCAGGGCAGCCGGCUGGGCCCAGGGGGUGGGUCUCUCCCCCGUGGACACCUGAGCCAGCCGCAGGUGGCAGAAGCUAGGAGCACGGGUGCAUCUGAGCUGUGUCUCCGGGCUCAGCAUCACUGCCCCAGGGUGGCCAUUCAGAGGUGGGUGUGCAGAAGCCUGUGGCUGCCCUGGGACUCUUGGUAGCAGCCAUGUGGACCUUCUCCCUCCUUGCCUCCUCUCCUUGUGCUGCCUGCGAUCACCUCCUGAAUCAAAACCUGCUCCCAAGUGUGUGUCGCAGGGUCUCCUGGAGAGGAGACCCUUUGUGUGGUGUGAGAACUUCUUCAGGAUGCGUCCUCCACACACACCUGGCUGGCUUCCCAAGCCCGUGACUCCGGCAGAGCCAAGGGGAGCCCAGACACGGGCAUCCUCGCUGUUGGUGGGCGUUGCUCAGCAUAGGCACAGCUGUGCUCUUGUCCCCCUGCCACCUGGGCCUGACCAAGCAAGCUGCUC